AUGUUAUUCUUCUCGAGUUUCUCCAAUAUUUUCACCUUCCAAAACAGCCUUGAAACGCACGUCGUCGGUCUUUUUGGAGCUGUUAAGUAUUCGCACACGGGUGUGACCUCGAUAGCCGCCGCCGUCAGAUCAACACGGAGGAAUUCCGUCGUCGUCUUCGUCUGUCUGUUUACCUCCUCCUCCUCUUACUUUGCUUCCGAUCAAUUCUCUUCUUUCUAUCUCUCUUCGUCUCCCGAUUUCCCGUAG